AUGGAAGUUAACAGCAGCGGUCCCCCGGACCUCUUCGGGCACUUUCAGUCUUUACUCCUGACUGAGUCGGGACAAGGGAUGCCCGACCUAGUCCCCGACGGCGGUACCGAACCGUCCUCGAGCUCCUGGUCACCGCACCUGAUGCGCGGGACCUCCGAAGAAGUAACACCCAGCCCGACGUCCACCUGGGACGCUCUCGCGGACAAUGCCUCGGGCUGCGGUGAGCAGAUCAACUACGGCAGAGCCGAGAAAGUUGUGAUCGGUUCCAUCCUGACACUGAUCACACUGCUGACCAUCGCCGGCAACUGCCUGGUGGUGAUCUCGGUAUGCUUCGUCAAGAAGCUCCGCCAACCCUCCAACUACCUGAUCGUGUCCCUGGCUCUGGCCGACCUCUCGGUGGCCGUGGCCGUCAUGCCGUUCGUUAGUGUAACCGACCUCAUAGGGGGAAAGUGGAUCUUCGGCCACUUCUUCUGCAAUGUCUUCAUCGCCAUGGACGUCAUGUGCUGCACUGCCUCGAUCAUGACUCUGUGCGUGAUCAGCAUCGACAGGUACCUUGGGAUCACCAGGCCCCUCACCUACCCUGUAAGGCAGAACGGGAAAUGCAUGGCGAAAAUGAUUCUGGCUGUCUGGCUGCUCUCCGCCUCCAUCACUCUCCCCCCGCUCUUCGGAUGGGCUCAGAACGUGAACGACAACAAAGUGUGCUUGAUCAGCCAGGAUUUCGGCUACACCAUUUACUCCACCGCAGUGGCGUUCUAUAUCCCCAUGUCUGUCAUGCUCUUCAUGUACUACCAGAUCUACAAGGCUGCCAAGAAGAGUGCUGCCAAGCACCGGUUCCCUGGUUUCCCCCAGCGCCUGGAUGACCCCGAAAGCGUUAUCUCCAUCAACGGCAGCAUGAUGAAGAACCAGAAGGAUGUGGAGGAAUGCGCUAACCUGUCUCGGCUCCUCAAACACGAAAGGAAGAACAUCUCCAUCUUCAAGCGUGAGCAGAAGGCGGCUACCACUUUGGGCAUCAUCGUUGGCGCCUUCACCAUUUGCUGGCUGCCGUUCUUCCUCCUGUCGACUGCUAGACCCUUCAUCUGUGGAACCUCCUGCAGCUGUAUCCCACUGUGGGUGGAGAGGACUUUCCUGUGGCUGGGCUAUGCGAACUCGCUCAUCAACCCGUUUAUCUACGCCUUCUUCAACCGCGACCUGAGGACCACCUACCGCAGCCUGCUCCAAUGCCAGUACCGUAACAUCAACCGUAAGCUGUCGGCUGCAGGCAUGCAUGAGGCCCUGAGGCUCGCUGAGAGACCCGAGAGACCCGAGUUCGUGCUGUAA